ACAGCGGAGCACCGAGACCAUAGGCGAUUUUUUAAACUGUUUACCUCAAUUUUAGUUUUAUUAUUGUUUGUUAAUAUUUUUUGUGUCGUUUCAACAAAGUUUUAGUGUUUCUUUUCAAAAUGGAUGAAGAGGAAGAAUUUGGGGCGGCGAUCACUAUCGGCUCGGAGACCACCGAGGCUGAGAAGGAAUAUGGAAAAGUCCUGGAACAGCUACGCGAUUCAGAAGGCCUAAAGUUCAUCACCGAUGUGUACACCAAGCUUUAUGACACCUAUUACAAGCUCAAGGAAGAUAACGCACAUCUGUGUGAUGAGAAAGAGAGUCUUAGAAAUAAACUCGGACGUUUCGAUGACAUGGUGACAGACUAUAUGGCUGAAAUAGCUGAAAAUCACAAGCAAAUCGAAAAACUACGAACUGAAAUCAAGGAAGCCCAAGCUCUGGCAGAUGCCAUGCACGCGAGAGAGCUCAGCAGCGUGGAGAGCUUGGAGACGAUGAAGAAGCAGGUCAUCCGCCUCGAGAAGGAGCUGGAUGCUAGGAAACGUGCUGGUGAAGAAGACGCUGGUGCAACAUCAGCCGCAAAAGAGAAAGAGAAAUUCGAAAAGGAGAAGGCUCGUCUUCAAGGAGAGCUGGAUGCCCUCAAACAGAGGCUCGCCAACUCCGUGCAAUACGUCGAGGAGUUGGAAGCCAAGAACCAUGAUAAGGAGCUCAACAUCUCCAAACUUGAAGAGCAGAUUGAGGAAGCAGAAAAUAAUGCAGUGCGUCAGAACCGCCUGGUAGAACACUUGAAGGCUGAGACCAACGGCCUGAAAUACGAAGUGGACGUCAGAGGAACUAAUAUAGCACAGCUCACGGAAAAAUUUACGAAAGCAGAGAAAGCGAUAGAGCGUCGAGACCGUCAGCUGAACACCAUCACGACCAAGCUGGAAACAGCUCAGGCUGAACAAGAGGCAGCUUUCAGUAAGAGUGCUCAGCUAAGGGAACAGUUGGAGACUGCCAACUCUGAGCUGGACAAGACAAAGUCACAGCUCAGUAAUACUGCCAAGGAGCUUAAGAAUACCAUCGACGAUAGCAACAAAAUACGCAAUGAAGCACAGAAAAUGGCCAAGAACUUAGUUGCCCAGUCCAAGAGAUAUCAGCUUCUAGAACAGAGCAAAGCCGGCGUCGAAACUGAUCGUGAGCGUCUCCGGCAACAAGUCUCAGUGAUGGAGCGUGAUCUGAUGUUGAACAAAAAGCAAGCCGAGUUCGACAAGAGAGACAUCGAGAACUUGAAGCGAGAAAAGGAAAUACUUACGAAAAACUUGCAGAAGAUACAGAACGAGGCCCAAGAAAACCUGACAAUGCUGGACCUUCAGGAACAGAGACGCAAGCAGCUAGAACACGAGCUGGAGAUCAACUCCGCUCAGAUACACAAGCAGCGCCUCAUGAUACGCACCUUCGAGAAGGAUAAGGACAGGAUGUUAGAAGAGACGAUCGCUCUAAACGAGAAAAUUGAUGAAAUAACAGAGGAGGUUCGUCUACGCACGGCUGACAUCCUGGACUUGAAGAAGGCGUUACGCGAGGAGACCAUCAAGUCCCGCAAGCUAUCCGUCUCUCUGGACGCUACAAGAGCAGAGAGAAACAUGCUACACAAGAACUAUACCGAAGCUUUAGAUGAGAUACAGGAUCUUAAGCAGAAGAUGAAGAUGUUAGCAUAUCAAAUAGAGCAGCUCAAGGAAGAUAUAAGCGGCAAAGAGACAGGACUGAAGUCCUGCGAGGGCUUCCUCGGCAAGUGUAACAAGAAGAACGAGCAGUUGCGCGUGGAGAUACAGUCAGGGCUCGUCAAGCUGUCUGAAGCGAGGGCCGAUAUAGCCGCCUUGAGGCAGGAGGAAGCUAGGCUUAAUAGGAUUGUGCAGGAAGGUGACGCAGCCCGCGCUAAACUGAUGAAAGAGCUAGAAGGUCUGAUGAACGAGCGCGACGUGGUGGGAGCUCAGCUAGUCAGGAGAAAUGAUGAGAUAUCACUGCUGUAUGAGAAGAUACGCAUUCUGGAGGUUACGCUGCAGAGAGGUGAGCGCCAAUAUGAACAGCGCGUGGAAGACAUCAGACUACUGCGGCUGGAGAUCAUCCGACUGCGCAAAGAGAAGAACUUGCUCUCUAAAGGAAUUGAGAAUAUGACCGAUUUGAGACUUGAGGUAUUCAACUUGGAACGCGAAUUGGGUAGAGAGCGUCUACGCGUGAGGGCGCUAGAGGAAGCUCUAGAGACGCCUCUGAACGUGCACCGAUGGCGCAAACUGCAAGGCACGGACCCCGAGAGUGUACGACUUACGCAGAAACUACGACUCACGCAGAAAAAAGUGUUAGCACAGAGUGAGAUGCUGGUACUAAAGGAUCGAGAGCUGAAGGAGACUCGGAACCUGUACACCGCCGUCAAAGACAUGCUGGCAUUGCAACCCAGUCCUGAAAUACAGAUAACACUAAAUCGCACGCAACGUGCACUGUCACAAAGGACCACUAAGAUGAAGUGUUUAGUAGCAGAGCUAAGCAUGCGCGAACGUCAGGUAAACGACCAACGCCUAGAAUUAGAGCGAGUAAACUCGGAGCUGCAAUCCUUCAAACAAAAGUACUACGAGAUGAAGAGAGCUCUCGACGCGGACGAAGCCAGGAGGCUGAAGGUAGCUACGCCACCUACGCCCACGACGCAGAAACAAUAGGGACCUAUAGAUUCUAAGUGCCCUAUAGGUGCUGCGAUGGUACAAUACCUAUUUUAAAUGUAUUGAAAUCUAUCUAGGAAGAUCAUGGUCAACGUUUUUGUGGCCAGAAUGGCAAGGUGUGUAUGUUACAGGGUCGGAUUUUCAGACUUAUAUUGCUUUAUGUUGACUAUACAUCAACUUGGCUUGUUGCCUUAUGUCUACCAAUGAGGCCUUAUUGUUUUUUUACAAAUUGUGUAUCCACCACUGUAGGGGUUUCCCUACAAAGAUGGUGGUAGACACUUUUUAACCUCUCGUAUGUCGCUGAUUAUAAAACGAUAGAAAAUCAAUUGUGUCUCGCGUAUAUCUGCGAUCCGACGUACAUUGGGUUAAUGCUGUAUGUGACUAGACCUUUCAGAACAACAUUUCCUAACAGUUCCCUUCCAAUAUUACAUGUUUGUACUUAUUUCUUUUGUUGUAGGGAAAUAAUUCGAUUUUAACUUAAUUAGCAAGAAAAUUUACUUUUAUAAUAAAAGCAAUUAGUGUUGUCGUAAACCGAAUUUAUCAAAGGCCUUACUUACCAAGUCUUGCAUUUUUUAUGUGCAUAAAAUAUUCUAGUAUUUUUAAUUAUGUAGUAGCAGUUUUAACUAUUUAUAAAAUUAAGUUUCUUGUUUGUUAUAGCCCCGAAAUGUUAAUUUAUUUAUUAGGAAUAAUAUACGUGCCAAUUUAUACUAAUGAUCUCAGUACUGCAUGAAAUGUUAUAUUUGUAAAACUUGUGUUUUUAAAGUUACAAAUGUGAAAUAUAAUGCAAGUACGCCAUGUUAUCGUA